CGCACACAGUAGGAAGUGCGGGGACACCCGUCGCUCAUCUUAGAAGAAAUGCUAAUGCUCUUCUACUCUCCGCUCCCCCGCAAUUGAGAAUUUCUUCUUUCUCUACAACAAAAAUUCGACGGUAAAAAGAGAAAAUGGAGGAAGAAUUUCAGAAAAGAAACACGGAUUGCGUGUAUUUCCUGGCCUCCCCCCUCACCUGCAAGAAGGGUAUUGAGUGUGAAUUCAGGCACAAUGAAAUGGCUAGGCUUAACCCAAGAGAUUGCUGGUACUGGCUGUCUGGCAGCUGCCUAAACCCAACUUGUGCUUUUCGACAUCCUGUAAGCAGUCCCCAAAAUUUUCUUUUAGAUGCAUGCUUUGCAUUUGCUUUAAUAUUGCGUGUUAAAGACUUUGAUGCAUAACAUAGAAAAGUGGUCCGUCAGUUUGAUUCUUACAGUAAGAAAUUCUUGUGCCUUAUUGUUGUACAUAUUCCUUUUACUCCCUCAGAUAAGGGAGGAGUUGAUUGGGGUUGCAAAAUUUGAACCGAUAAUUUUAUCUCAGUAUCUAAAAGAUAAGACGUGAACUAUAGCAAAAUAUGGCAUGAACAAAUGAGUUGCAAAUGAUGACAUCACUCCAACAUUUAAUAGUUUUUUGUCUGAACCGAUCUUGCAGAAUGAUGUGAAUAAAUAUGAGAAGGGAAAGGAUUUUUGUAUGUAAAUUGUAAAGCACAUUUAGGCAGCGUGUUGAUUAGUUGUUUAUUUUCAGGAUAUCACUUCACAAUAUUUCGAAUAUCGGUGGUUGGCUUUUGUCAUUUCAUAUGGAAUUAGUUGUCGGUCAGCCCUUUAGUUUGAGUAUUUUGCACUUCUUAUCGCCUGUCAUUACUUGCUAGACUAAUCCCUGUUCUGUGAUGGCAGCCCUUGGAUACACAUGCUGAAACAGGUCCUGAAUCUGCUGCUGCUAAGCAGCAAUCUGCUUUGCCUGUAAACAAGUCAAACGUUCCUUGUUACUACUUCUACAAUGGAUAUUGUAAUAAAGGAGAGAGUUGUUACUUUAUGCAUGGGCCAGAGGGAAGUGCGCCUUUGAAAUCGUCAAAACAAACUUCUACUGCUGUUGAUGUACCUCCUGUGGAGAAGAAGAUGCCUAAAGGAAGUGAUUUGAGGCCUGCCGUUGCAGUAACUACUUCAUGUGGAACUAAAUCCAAGAUUUCAGCAGAAACAGAAGUCACGCCUAAACAGAAGCUCCCACAACCUGAGCAGAAGCUCCAGCAACCUGAACCGAAGCUCCAGCAACCAGUUUCUGAUAAUUUUGCCAAGCAAAGUGCCUGUCAACAGAUUUCUAAAUCUCCAUCUGAAGAAGCUGCCACAACCAGGUCAAAUUCCCCUAGUCAGACAGAGGGCCGUGUCCAGAGACAUGAGGAAUCACCUUAUAAAAGCUCAGAUAACGAACUUGAUGAUGAUAUUACGCACGAAGAUUGGCGGGAAUCAUCUCCUGGCUUUGAUGUCCUUGUCAAUAAUGGAGCAGAAGACAUAGUUUAUGAAGACGAAUACUCAUUACACCAUGAUUUGGAAGAGAGGGAAAACAGUGAUCAACAUCUAGGAUAUAAUUAUCAAAGCAUGUUAGAGUAUGAUCCUACAUGUCCGGACUUAAGAGUUACUCUGGACCGAGGAUUACCAGAUUACUAUAGCCGUCUGGACAAAGAUACCAGUAAUGGUUCCUGGGUAACUCCUAUGGCUGCCGGAGAAAGAUUGUUCGAUCGCCCUAUGCGAAGUAAAAGGUCUACUAGUGAUCUAAGGGAUUUUCUGAAAAGACGACGGAUGUCUGACAAUCAGCAUUCUAACAUUUUCUUUGACAGACCUUACUCUCCGCGGCUGAUGGAUCAAAUUUCUGAGAAGAGUUCUUUUGGGGAUAGAAGGCUGUGUGGAAGACUAGCAUCGAAAGUGGAAAUUUCUGCUGAAGCCCGACUUAAUAGGGAACCUCUUAGAAGCAAUACUCAUCAGCAUCACAGGGAACCUCUUGGGAGUGGUACUUAUCGGCAUCGCAGGGAAAUGCACGCUGAUUCCAGAAGGUUCAAAAGGCAAACAAGGGAAAGAAGACAGGGUAAGCGACACACUGUUUCUGAAAUCUCAGGUAAGACAGCUUCAAGGAGAAGGAUGUCUAAUGAGGAUCCUACCAUGUUUACUGGUCCCAAGACCUUAGCUCAACUCAAAGAAGAGAAGAACAAAUCGCUAGGUAGCAAAGAUGUCGAUGGAACUGGACCAUCAUACGGCAAACCAUAACUCAGGAUUUCAGCAUCAAAGUAAUCUUGUAGAAAUUUUCUUGAUGAACUAGGCUUGGGGUUUGCAGUUGAUGUAGUAACAAUGGAUGUGACAAAAUACUUGCAAUAGAGCUAUGAAUUUUAGGCAGGGUGGCAGCAAGAAUUGGUUAAUGGAAAUCAACCUGGAGCCUGGACUAGUUUUGUACAAGUAGUCAUAUGGUAGAAUGUUAAAGUUGCGUAUCAGCACCCUAAUUGGCAAGGUGAACAACUGCCUUAGAAAAGAUGCUCUGCUUACCAGCAUUUUGUUGGUUCUUUUCUUAAAAUCUUCACAUUGUCUGAUAAGCUCUUCUUUGCCUGAGUGCUGAUUUCCAUCAUCAAUGCUGCAUGCCACAAUACCCCGAACAUUAUACUGUUAGCUGAUGAUAUUGCCCCAGUGCAAACUAGCUCGAUUUCUAAUCUAAUUGGUUUUGCUUUUUCGCUUACUCCUUCC